AUGGUGUUGGCGCAAUUGGGGGGGAGCAUUUCACGUGCUCUCCAGCAGAUGAGCAAUGCGACCGUGAUCGACGAGAAGGUCCUGAACGAGUGCCUCAACGAGAUCACUCGGGCUUUGCUCCAAUCCGAUGUUCAAUUCAAGCUUGUCCGUGACAUGCAGACCAAUAUAAAAAAGAUUGUCAAUUUGGAUGAUCUCGCUGCUGGUCACAACAAGCGCAAGAUUAUUCAGCAAGCUAUAUUUAACGAACUUUGCAAAAUGCUGGAUCCAGGGAAACCGUCUUUCACUCCCAAGAAAGGGAAACCAAGUGUUGUCAUGUUUGUUGGUUUACAAGGGUCUGGAAAAACUACCACAUGUACAAAAUAUGCAUAUUAUCAUCAGAAAAAAGGUUGGAAACCUGCCCUAGUGUGUGCAGAUACAUUUCGAGCUGGUGCAUUUGAUCAGUUGAAGCAAAAUGCCACUAAGGCUAAGAUUCCAUUUUAUGGAAGCUAUAUGGAGUCGGACCCUGUGAAAAUUGCAGUUGAAGGUGUGGAAACGUUCAAAAAGGAGAAUUGCGAUCUUAUAAUUGUUGAUACUAGCGGGCGUCACAAACAAGAAGCUGCCCUUUUUGAAGAAAUGCGUCAAGUUUCUGAAGCAACGAAACCGGAUCUUGUUAUAUUUGUUAUGGAUAGCAGUAUUGGUCAGGCUGCAUUUGAUCAAGCUCAAGCCUUUAGGCAAAGUGUUUCAGUUGGAGCUGUUAUUGUUACAAAAAUGGAUGGCCAUGCAAAGGGAGGUGGUGCUCUUAGUGCUGUUGCAGCAACAAAGAGUCCUGUUAUAUUUAUUGGAACAGGAGAGCACAUGGACGAGUUUGAAGUUUUUGAUGUUAAACCGUUUGUCAGCCGUCUCUUAGGCAUGGGCGACUGGUCUGGAUUUAUGGACAAGAUCCAUGAAGUUGUUCCUAUGGACCAACAGCCAGAACUCUUGCAAAAGCUUUCAGAAGGGAACUUUACAUUAAGGAUUAUGUAUGAGCAGUUUCAGAACAUACUUAAAAUGGGUCCAAUUAGCCAGGUCUUCUCAAUGCUUCCAGGAUUCAGUGCUGAAUUAAUGCCAAAAGGUCGUGAAAAGGAAAGCCAGGCGAAGAUCAAGCGGUACAUGACCAUGAUGGACUCGAUGACAAAUGAAGGCAACUUAACUUGUCUUGCAGAGUUGGAUAGCUCAAAUCCAAAACUCAUCAAUGAGUCACGUAUAAUGCGAAUAGCACGAGGUUCUGGUCGUCAAAUUAAAGAAGUAAUGGAGAUGUUUGAAGAAUACAAGCGCCUUGCCAAGAUAUGGAGCAAAAUGAAAGGACUUAAGAUUCCGAAGAAGGGUGAAAUGAGUGCACUAUCCCGAAAUAUGAAUGCGCAGCAUAUGAGCAAAGUCCUUCCUCCCCAGAUGCUGAAGCAGAUUGGUGGCAUGGGUGGCUUACAAAGCUUGAUGAAGCAAAUGGGUUCUGGUAAAGACAUGAUGGGGAUGUUCGGAGGCGGGGACAAGUAA